AUGGACUCCUCCCCCAGGCUGGAUGCUGACCCCCCGUUAACACUGCUUCAGCUACAGGAGGACUCUAGCAAAUCCUCAGAGAGGCCAAGCUCCCCGGGAAUCAUAUCCGCCUCGUACAGCCCUCCUCUGGGCAUGGACAGCCACACCGUCUGCAUCCAGUCUCCCUACACGGAUAGCAGCCACGAGUACGGCAAUGGACCUCUAACCUUCUACAGCCCGUCUGUACUCGGCUAUGCCAAGCCGCCCAUCACUGACAGCCCGUCCCCUCUGUGCACCGCGCUUAGCCCAUCAGCCUUCUGGCCCUCCAACAACCACCCCAACAUGCCCUCACUGACUCUGCGCUGCCCUCAGCCUCUAGUCUACAAUGAUCACAGCCUGCAUGCUCCCUGGCUGGAGCACAAAACCCACAGCAUCAACGCUAGCAGCUCCAUCAUCAGCUGUAACAAGCCACUGGGGAAGGGAGUGGAAGGCAUGGACUCCUCUUUGUGUUCGUCUGCGGUCGGGAAGGCGGACAUGCACUUCUGCGCCGUGUGCCACGACUACGCCUCCGGGUACCACUAUGGAGUGUGGUCCUGCGAGGGCUGCAAGGCCUUUUUUAAGAGGAGUAUCCAAGGACACAAUGACUACAUCUGCCCCGCCACAAAUCAAUGCACUAUCGACAAGAACAGACGUAAAAGCUGCCAGGCCUGCCGCCUACGGAAAUGCUACGAAGUGGGCAUGAUGAAGUGCGGUGUAAGGCGUGAGCGCUGCAGCUACAGAGGAGCCCGGCUCCGCCGUGGGGGGCUCCAGCCUCGGGACCCCGCGGGUAGGGGUUUGGUCAGGGUGGGGCUGGCUUCCCGUGCCCAAAGGCAUCUCCACCUGGAGGUUCCUAUCGUCCCUGUGGACCCCCUCCCUCAGAUGUGCCAUGCUCACCACUCGGCCAUGGGCCCAGAGGAGUUCAUCUCCCGCAUCAUGGAGGCGGAGCCGCCAGAGAUCUACCUCAUGGAGGACAUGAAGAAGCCCUUCACCGAGGCCAGCAUGAUGAUGUCCCUCACCAACCUGGCAGACAAGGAACUGGUCCUCAUGAUCUGCUGGGCCAAAAAGAUCCCUGGCUUUAUGGAGCUGAGUCUAGCGGACCAGAUCCACCUGCUGAAGUGCUGCUGGCUGGAGAUCCUGAUGUUGGGCCUGAUGUGGAGGUCUGUGGAUCAUCCUGGAAAACUCAUCUUCUCUCCAGACUUCAAACUCAACAGGGAGGAGGGCCAGUGCGUGGAGGGCAUCAUGGAGAUCUUCGACAUGCUGCUGGCAGCCACCUCUCGCUUUCGUGAGCUGAAGCUUCAGAGGGAGGAGUACGUCUGUCUGAAGGCCAUGAUCCUCCUCAACUCCAAUCUGUGCUCCAGCUCCCCUCAGACGGCCGAGGAGCUGGAGAGCAGGAACAAGAUGCUGCGUCUGCUCGACUCUGUGAUCGAUGCUCUGGUCUGGGCCAUCUCCAAGCUGGGCCUGUCCACCCAGCAGCAGACUCUGCGUCUGGGACACCUCACCAUGCUGCUCUCCCACAUCCGCCACGUCAGUAACAAAGGCAUGGACCACCUCUCCAGCAUGAAGAGGAAGAACGCUGUGCUGGUGUACGACCUCCUGCUGGAGAUGUUGGACGCCAACAUGUCCAGCGGCAGCAGCCAAUCAUCGUCCUCGCCCAGCUCCGACACCUCCUCCGAGCAGCAGCAGCAGUACGCGGCCCCCCCACCCCACCUGCCGGGCUCAGAGGCUCCGGUCCCGGACAGAAGCCCUGAGGGUCUGCAGCUCUCUCCGUCUUUUCAGAGUCUGGCUUGUAUGGACAGCAACGACUACAUCCAUCCGGAGCUGUGGUCGCUGGAUGAAGGAGACGGCGGUCCGACAAUCGAACCAACAGAUUACAUCAUCCCUGAUCGAGUUGUCAUGGAAACUGCCUUACAGGGGUAACGGGACGGAAAGACACUAACUGAGACCAAACCUUUAAUGGCUUUUCACCUCCCAAAGAUCGAGAAAAGGGAAAACAAAAAAAAGGAUUAACAACAAACAGAAAGUGCUGUUGUGAGGUAACGUUUUUUUGAGAUGUUAUUAGUCUUUGGAAAAAGAGAAGCUUUCGAUCGAAUGUAUAUUUUGUGUGCGUAAAUAUUUCUUGUGAAUGUGCACUACAGUAGAUGUUCAUGAGAACAUCGCUGGACCUCUGCCAGUCAGUUUGAGCUCUUUUUUGAUAUGCAGUAUUUGUAUCUCUUUUGUCACCUUGGUGUAUCAUCCAGAACAAGCCAUCCACAAUCUGCAGUGACUUACAGAGAAAUGCAUGUGGUCAAUAUUCAUCUCCAUAAGGGUUGUUAUAGUCAUAUAGCUUUAAAAAAAAAAAAAAUGGCUGUGUGUUCUAUCACACUGUGGUGUUUUUCUCUUUCACUACUACUACUGUUCUUUGGUGUUUUAAUCGGUGCCUGUUUUCUACUCUCUUUGUACACACUACAAGUUUUAGAUGAGUAAAGAUUCAGCAGUUUGUGGCCUUUAAACAAAACGACUGUUAACAAAAACUGUUCUUCUUCAAAGGCUGGAUUUACAAUACAAUUUGUGGCACUGUUCGUAGUUAACACAUAAAGAGUUGAGUUUUAUCCAAAGCGACUCACAAUAAGUGCAUUCAACUAUGAAGAGUGAUGCACACAGAGGUUAUACAAAACUAAAAUGUAUUUACCCAUUAUGUUUAGCCCUAAAGUUCAUGACACCUUUAAAGUACCUGUCAGAUUUUAAAGUUUGGAUUACUCUUGAACAUAAGCUGCUAUAUUCAGCCUGAGCCUUCCUCAAAAAACAAACCAAAGUGAUCAUAUAACAAUAGCCACGCAACAUCGAAUUCUUCUGAAAAAAAGCUUAUUAAGUAUGCAUCAUUGUUAAACUAAAACUGAUCUCUGAUGCAUUGUUUUUGUGUACAUUUUAAGUGUAGUGUAUCGAAUGUUCUGUAUUGUUAUGCUUUUGAAAUAAUAUGAAAUAUUCCUACAAUAUGUCACGUAACCACCGGUCAGUUUACUCAAUGAUAAGUUAAACAGGAAAGGAACGGAUACUAUUUAUAGCAAGCCGGGCUAAGUGCAAACCUUUACAGAUAUAUUCAAUUUAAAGCAAUUAGAGUAUAGCGUACUUCCAGUCAAUUCUGCUGCAGCUACAACUGUGAAGAACUUCUGCCUAAACAAAGGGAAAUGAAUGUGCCUUGGUGGUCUUAUUUAACCAAGUAGUCGAGAUGGAUGGAAUAAUCAGCGAUCAUUGCUGUAAUUUAGACAGGAUACCACAUGAUGAAAAGUCUUAUGAGCAUCGGUCCAGGACUGGUUAGUUGAAUUGUUUUUGGCUUUACUAGAAACAAGGAACUGUUGGCUUUAAGUCCUUUAAACUAGAUUUGUUUCAAUCUGGCCAGACAAACUGAAGAAACCCAAAAUGACCCAACAUCAUUUGGACAUGUCAUGAACAGUGCCAUUUUUCUGCCAAUGUAAAUGAAGCCUUAGUGCCAAAUAUUCCUACCACUGCUAUUACAGUAUACAGAAACAUGUUCAAUAUCUGUGUUUUCCCGGUGUCUGUAACCCGUACAUGCAUGCACACAACACACACUCAUCCAUCUCUGAUGCUGAAACUAUUUCCACUUGUUCACAACACACACAUAUGCAAAUCUGAGAUCUUGUUUCCUGCCUGUAGCAAACCUACAAUACAAUAAACAAGCAGCCGUGAAUCAUGGCAAACACAGUUUAUUGUCAAUCAAAACUGACAGUCUAUACAUCCCAUAAAUAAGAGUUCACAAAAUAAAUCAAACUUUACACA